UUUGAAGAGUGUGCGCACUUAAUUCUACAGCAUGUGUUAGAGAUUACUAUUAAGCUAUCAAUUGUCAUGUAUGUGUAGCAUAAAAAAUUUUAGUUUUUGGAUAGUCAAAUAGUGAAUAGAGGCAGUUAAACAGCAAAAAUGACGACGGAAAACGAAAUUGAAAGAGCUCCGUUGUACUGCUCCAUUCAUAAUUCAACUGCUUAUGAAUCUGUCAGUUAUGAAGCUACAAGAAUCGAGUAUCCUCCAGUGAUACGCAGACGGGAGGCCUACAAUCACUGCCUUUAUUUAGUAGGUUUGUUGUUAAUAUUUGUUGUGGGCACAGUUAUUGGUAGCUACCUUCUUUACAACGAAAUGGUGGAUGGUGAACCGGAAAAUUUCGAUUUAGUACCCAGACAUCUUUGGAGUUCCUCAAAUCCAAACGCAACAAUUCCCCAUCUAGAAAUCCCAGUAGAAAAGGUACUACUGACCACGACGAAUUCUGACAGUUGUGAUUACACAUCGCAAUGCUAUAACUUGUUAAAUAAGCUACAGGCGGUUCAGUCGAAAGGAGAUUCAUUUGAUAUUGCUUAUAAUUUCAUGAUCGCCAGUGACGGAAGAAUCUACGAGGGAAGAGGAUGGACGUACGAACCGUACUGCGAAGGAUGCGACAACAGAACUAUAUCAAUUGCAUUUAUAGGUUCAGAUAAUUCUGUUAUCAACAGCCAUCAGAACGAAGAGUUACAGGCGUUCUUAGAUUAUUCGGCAGCUAAUUCACAACUAAAAACUUGUUACGAUGUUCAAACGACGAAUCAACAGAGCAGAUUUUUAAUAGACACUGCUUUUAAAAUACAACGAAAGAACUUUAAAGAAGAUAAGUGUUAGUGAACGUAGCCACAAUCCGUUAUAACCAAAGUAUCUAAUCUGUUAUCAAUAACUGUGAUAUUUAUUUAUAUUAUAUUAUUGCGAUUUAAAUAAAUAAGAUAUAUAUUGA